GGGUGUCCCCGGAGGGAGUCCCUAUAAGGCGGGGUAAGCACCGGGACUCUAGGGAGCUGAGAAUGGGGUCCGGCAGAGGUGGGAGGUGAAGGUGUGGAAGCCCCCAAGAGACAGCCAGACAGCCACCCUGGAAGUGGAGGGACCCUCGGGGGGCAUUGCCCAGAGUGACCCCUUGGCCACCAUGUCAAAAGGAGAGGAAGAGCAAACAGCAGAUCCUGUCGCACUGGAAGAGGAGCAGCAGCCCCAGGAUGAAAGCCUAGUGAACCGAGUGGUCAAUCUGCCUCUGGUCAGCACAACCUAUGCCAAGGCAUCAGCCAUGUACAGCUCUACCAAGGAAAAUCACCCUUAUCUGAACUCUCUGUGUAAAGUGGCUGAGCGUAGCCUUCAAGGCCUAACCACCAGAGCCUUCCAAGGGGCCCAGCCUUUCCUCACCCUUCUGGAGCCACAGAUUGCUUCAGUGAACAGAUAUGCCUGCAGGGGCCUGGACAAGCUGGAGGAGAAGUUGCCCUUCCUCCGGCAACAGUCUCAGGAGGUGGUGACAUCAGCCAAGGACGCAGUGACCAGCAGCGUAACUGGAGUGGUGGGCCUGGCCCACAGGAGUCGUCGAUGGAGUGUGGAUCUGACCCGCUCAGUGGUGACCAGUGGUGUAGACACAGUAAUGGGCACCCGCAUGGGGCAGAUGGUGACCAACGGUGUGGAUGUCAUGCUGGACAAGUCUGAAGAACUCAUUGAUCACUUUCUACCCAUGACUGAUGAGGAACACGAUGAGCUGGCCACGGCCGCGGCAGCUGAAGGGGGCGCCCCGGCCCCAGGGGCAGACCAGAGCCAGCCCGGCUACUUUGUUCGGCUGGGAUCGCUGUCAUCUCGACUCCGCCAGAGGGUCUACCAGCACUCGCUGGGCAAACUCCGCCAGAGCAAGCACCAGGCCCAGGAAUCUCUGACCCAGCUACAGAACGCUCUGGAGAUGAUCCACUGCAUGAAGCAUGGCCCCGAUCCCACCUUCCAGGGGGGCCAGGGAAGGUUGCAGGAGCUGUGGCAAGACUGGAGUCACCAGGAUAAGGAAUGCCACCGGAGCCAGGUGGAAUCCCAGACCCUGGACCUGUCCCGAGACCUGACUCAGGAGCUACAGGCCACAUGUGGGACUCUGGCAGCUAGCGUGCAGGGACUGCCCCCAGCCAUCCAGGCCAAGGUGCUGGAAGUCCAGCAGAGCGUGGAGGAGUUGCACCGGGCCUUCUCGGCCGCCCGCUCUUUCCACGAUCUGCCGCCGGCCAUUCUGGCAAAGGGCCGGGGCCACGUGGCACAGGCUCACACCACUGUGGAUGAGCUCCUGGAUUUCGUCCUACAGAGCAUCCCCCUGCCCUGGCUGGUGGGGCCCUUCUCCCCCUUAAUAGUGGAGCGGGCCUGUACCCCACAGGACCUGAUGGACCAGGUCGAUGAGGUGGUGGUGGGCCGUAGGCCUAGCUUGCUGGAGGACCGGUGGGCCGAUAUGGAUUGGGUGGCCCAGCAGGAAGCAUGGCGAGCUGCUCAUGAGGUGGGCCCGCAGGUCCCCCUGGUGGAAGUAGAAGAACCACCCACGCCCCCAAGCCAGGAGGUCAAGAAGCCAACGAUCAUGCCGGAGCUAGACUUCUAAGAGGUCUUCCCUUCUUGACCAAUGAACGACGAUCAGCUGCUGGGUUUAAAAAGGGCUAAAAGGUCAGGCGUCCCCCUUUCCUCUGCCCUGCCUGACCUCUAAGGGCCUCCCCCAAGGGGCAGAGGCCCUGAAGCCCUGUUUUUGCCAACCAGACCCUGACUGCUCGGGCCUCUCUUUGAGCCUUUGGGGAAGGAGGGAAGUCCUUGGGAGAGUGCAAGGGAAGAGAACCAGUCUGGGCCUGAGGCUGGAUGGAGAGGUGCUCAGAUGAUGACUAUAGGGAUCUCAGACUCAUCUGCAGAGGGGUGAAGAUGGAAGGCCAAGGAGGGAAUGAAAUUACCUGAGGAGGGGAACGUCAGAAGCCUGGGGAAAAGGAAGGAAGAAGCUGCCACAUCUAGAGAAAUGUCUUCUUCCUCAGGAGCCCUUUCAAAGGUGGGAAAAGCCAGUCUUUGCAGUUAUUGGUCAGUAAUUUGAAGUUCAUUCUAGACUGUGGGAUAAGUCAGAGGGAGGGAAGAAGGAAGGGAAGAGCUUGGGUUGAGAGCUGGAAAAAGAAGGGAUGAAGAAAGGGAGAGACAAAGUUCCUGAGUCCCCCAAAGCUGCUGAUUUGGGGUAGGGAGUGUAGGGAAAUGAUUUCCAAGAUCCAGUUACUCUAUUGUUCUCUUGACUCCUAUCAGUAGGGAGAGCCACCUUCAGCAGGGCCCAUCCACUUUGGGAAUAAUCUAACUUCUACUGCCCAAGACUCCAGGAGUGUAGACUAGUGCCCUUUCCUCCAUAUCAGCAUCUUUCCCUGUCUUCUAACCUUCAUCCGAGCUUGACACACUAAGAACAGGCUAACCCAGUCCAAGACGGAGGCAGGGGGCAAUGAGGUAAGAAGGGAUACUGAGGAUUGGGAGGGUGUGCAAUAAAGUGUGUGCCGUUGGCUUUUUGGGGCUGCCUCUGAAUAAAAUUGGCUUUUUGUUGGUUAAA